CCAAACAAGGGUUAUAAAUAGUACUAGUAGUUAAUAUACUCACAAUACUGUACUCUGUGGUGUAUAACAAAAUAAUAUAAUAAUCUUAACAUGGACCCAAUGUUUCUUGCGUACAGUUAUUUUAGACGAAGACGCUUUGAAGACUGCGCUACGGCUUGUGGAAAGCUACUAGAAAAAAAUCCUUAUGAUCAGGCAGCGUGGGCGCUGAAAAUGCGUGCUUUGACGGAGCAAGUGUAUGUGGACGAGGUCGAAAACGAUGAGGAGGGAAUAGCUGAGAUGCUCAUGGAUGAUAAUGUGAUAGCUAGUGUCAGUCGACCAGGCACAUCACUUAACACCCCGGCGACUGCACAGGGGCCUACUAGCCAAGCAGUUCGGCCCGUGUCACAGUCGGGCAGGCCCCUGAGCGGCGUGGUGCGACCUGGCACGCAGUCCGGUAGACCCGGCACGAUGGAGCAGGCGCUCAGAACUCCUCGCACUGCUCACACCGCGAGACCGGUCACUAGCGCAUCAGGAAGAUUCGUCAGGCUAGGCACGGCAUCCAUGUUGUCGAACCCAGAUGGUCCUUUUAUUAACCUGGCAAGAUUGAACUUCUCUAAAUACGCUUCCCAGCAGAAUGUGGCAAAGGCACUUUUUGAAUAUAUUUUUCACCAUGAGAAUGAUGUCAAAAAUGCACUAGAGUUGGCUGCCAUGGCAACACAAGCAUCACAAUUCAAAGACUGGUGGUGGAAAGUUCAACUCGGAAAAUGUUAUUACAGGUUGGGACUGUUUCGAGAUGCUGAGAAGCAAUUCAGAUCUGCAUUGCAGCAGCAAGAAACAGUAGACACAAUCUCAUACCUAUGCAAGGUAUACAUAAGGUUGGAUCAGCCGAUUACUACUAUUGAUGUGUUCAAGAGAGGCCUGGAGACAUUUCCUGGUGAUACACAUCUCAACACCGGCAUUGCUCGUAUUUAUGAGGGAUUGGGAGACCUAAACAAUGCGGUUAAAUACUAUAAAGAGGUACUGCAGAAUGAUAACACUAACGUCGAAGCCAUCGCUUGCCUGGGAACGAACCACUUCUAUACAGACCAGCCGGAAAUUGCACUGAGAUACUACAGACGACUGCUACAGAUGGGCGUGUAUAAUGCUGAGCUCUACAACAACUUGGGUUUGUGCUGCUUCUACGCCCAGCAGUAUGACAUGACGCUCACUUGUUUUGAGCGUGCGCUCUCUAUGGCAUCCGAUGAGCUGAUGGCAGAUAUCUGGGUCAAUAUUGCUCAUGUUGCCCUGGGGAUAGGUGAUACCAGUCUUGCCUACCAGGUCUUGAAGUUGGCACUUGCCUCCAAUAAUGAUCAUGCAGAGGCAUAUAACAAUUUGGGAGUAUUGGAGAUGAACUGGUCACAUAUAGAUCAGGCCAAGUCUUGCUUUCUGUCAGCCAUGCAAAAUGGUCCUCAUCUGUUUGAACCACAUUAUAACUUUGCCACUUUGUCAGAGAAGAUUGGAGACCUACAAAGCAGUUAUAAAGGUGUGAAGAAGUCUCUAGACAUCUUCCCUGAACAUAUAGACUCCAAAAAACUGCUCGAGAAGCUACAAGAACAUUUCUCUAUGUUGUGAGCUUGCAUCCUAUACUUCGAUUACCAUCAGCAUUCGCCCAUGAAACAUGAAUUAUUUAUAGUACAUAGCUAUACUAGAGAAUUGCCAUGGUACCUAUCACUAUGCACAGUAGAUUUAUAGGUAUACAUACAGCAGGACACACGUAGCAUAUUAAGAGGAGCUUUCAUAUCCAUAUUCCAUCCACUUCUGUGCAAUACCUGUGAUACGAUGUAUCUUUUGUCAUUCCGUCCAAGAAUAGUUACUAGUAAAGUAUUUAUAGCAUAUAACAAAUACAAGCCUACAGAGAGGUAAAUUUUCAGAAAUCUGAGCUAAAAAUUGUGUACACAGUUGAAUUCUCUGACCACGAAAAACAAGUGUGGGAUAUAUGUUCGAUGCAUUACCUACACCAUUUACCCACCAAUAAAAUGUCUAUGCUUGUAUAUAUAUAUCAAUAUUUAUGCAUUAUUAAGUUGUCAGAAUCUCAAUAGUCCAUUCUUACUUAUAUUGUGUAAUACAUUUCCUGUACGAGCGGAAUUGAAUAUUAAUGUUUAUUAUGCUGAAAUGCUAUAUGCUAUGCCAUUUUAAAUAUUCUCAUUUAUUUCACUGUAUGGUAUUAUAUUUCAGAUAUGUAAUCAUACAGAAUUCUUUCAGAUGUAUAACCUUUAUAUUUAUUUAUUGAUAGUAUUGAAUUUUUUGAUACAAUAAUGCGAAUCAUGCUGUUGCCUAUUGUGGAUAGCGGUCUAGUAGCACGUAGGUUGUAGGUAAAGUAGAAUGGCCGAAUGAUCCUUUCAUUCUUAUUCGCCCCUCUACGUAUCCAUACACUCAUGCAUCCAUAUCCAAUUCUAACUCCGAAGAUGUAUAUAUAUUAUCAAGAGUAGAUAAUAACAAUUGUUAACAAUUAUUAUUAUCUACUCUUGAUAUUAUAUAUAUAGGAACUGUAUACAAUAUCUAUUUUAACUAUAUUAUAGCAAGCCAACUGUAGCUGCCGCAACAGCCAGCCAGUUUCAUCUUGUCGUUGUUUGUUCUGAAAUUAAACUUAGCUAUGUCGUGACUGUGUGAUAAGGUAAAGAUGUUCAGGUGAAAGGUCACGACCAUCACUCUUGCUUGAUAGCCUGAAACAACUUAUUUAUAAUCUUGUCAUCUGUUACUGGGGCACUGGCCUUGCGCUCUCCUUUCUUUGUACGCUCCUACAGACUGUCAUACUCUUGUCACUCAGUCUUCACCUCUUGUUGCCUACCCCAGGGGUUCGAUCUUCUAGUCACCUUCCACUUAUUUUAGCCUACGCCUGGAAUGUUUAUUUGUCCCGUAUACACGUAUAGCUGCAAUACACUCAUCGAUUCUGGAGUAAGAAGAAAACGUAUGUUAACUUAUUACGUGGUAUUAUCUUACCCGUAUUUCAUUCAAGAGCAGCAUCAGUAUAGGCCGUACACAUACAGCCGUAGUUAUACACACUGUGCUAUCCACAGUACACACACAACACGCACGCACGCAUUCACAACACACGCACGCACACAUGCACACAGUACGACACGUACGCAUAGAGAGAACCACAGUAUACACACACAGUUGAGUAUACGCGUACUUCCUUUUCUCUCCGUCACUGUUUAUAAGGUUCCUCCUGCCUACCCUCCUCCCCCCAGGCCCCGAGCCUUAUCCAGGGGCCACUUUUGCUGUUCACCGUCCUCUCUCUGAACUUUUCCCGAGAAGCCAUUCGUCUGCCUAUCCUCCUAUUAAAUUCUUCCCAGUGGCCAUCCUCCUAUCCAGUUCCACCACUCUCCAUAUGCGUGUGAUGAACUUCUUGUAUAAUUUUCAUCAAUUUGCUAUUAAAUAUUGUUCAUGCGCUGUACAUCUCGGUCAUCUGUACUCUCGAAGCAACCCGUAGUGUUUUGUAAUAAAAUGCGUAUUAUGGUGA